CCGAGGAAAAAGCCAGCCCAAUUUCCAGGGGAUUCCAUAUAAAAGAUUUCCUACUACUAGUAAAGAUUUUACUCCUACAGUCUACCAGCGGCUGACAGAUCGGUUCCUCCGGCUGGUUGCUGGCAGAUCGCUUCAUCGCUUUGUCACGACGCUGGCAGCAGAGCCUUCAAAUCCUGUGUGUGCAUGUGCAGCUGCUCCUGCCGCCUCCGCCGUGCUCCUUCGCUGGAAAGGUGGGACGGGAUCUCUCGGGGAACCCUGGUCGCCCGCUUCCUUCUUCUACAACUAUUCUAUUGCCAGCGCCCAGCGGCAGGCAGGCAGCGGCACGGGUAGAUUGGGAGAGCGGCUCUUGGCUUGCAGUCGAGACGCCCUUCGUCGUCUCUGAUCUGGACCGGAGGGAGCAGCUCCUUCCGUCAGUUGUUCUUGGGUGCGUGCCUUCGUGCUGCUUCGUCUUCGUCUUCUUGAGAGGAGCUGCUGUUGCGUGCCUUUGUUGGAGGACGAGAUGUCGGGGGCUGUUCUUGUCGCCAUCGCCGCCUCCAUCGGCAAUCUGUUGCAGGGGUGGGACAAUGCCACCAUCGCAGGUGCUGUUCUGUACAUAAAGAAGGAAUUCCAAUUACAAAAUGAGCCCACUGUGGAGGGGCUGAUUGUGGCCAUGUCACUUAUUGGUGCCACCAUCAUCACUACAUUCUCUGGGCCAGUAUCAGACUGGAUCGGCCGCCGCCCUAUGCUCAUCCUCUCGUCAAUUCUGUACUUUCUCAGCAGCCUCAUCAUGCUAUGGUCCCCUAAUGUCUAUGUCCUGCUGCUGGCACGCCUCGUAGACGGAUUCGGUAUUGGCUUGGCUGUCACGCUUGUGCCUUUGUACAUUUCAGAAACAGCCCCUCCAGAGAUUAGAGGUUUGCUGAAUACACUGCCACAGUUCAGUGGAUCAGGAGGGAUGUUCUUGUCAUACUGCAUGGUGUUUGGGAUGUCACUGUUGCCAUCACCUGAUUGGAGAAUUAUGCUUGGGGUGCUCGCGAUACCUUCAUUGUUCUUCUUUGGAUUGACAAUAUUUUACCUUCCUGAAUCCCCAAGAUGGCUUGUUAGCAAAGGUCGGAUGGCAGAGGCAAAGAAGGUGUUGCAAAAAUUACGCAGCAAAGAAGAUGUCUCAGGUGAAUUGUCCCUUCUUGUUGAAGGGUUGGAGGUUGGAGGAGACACUUCGAUUGAAGAGUACAUCAUUGGCCCUGCCACUGACGCAGCCGAUGAUCAUGUUACUGAUGGUGAUAAGGAACAAAUCACACUUUAUGGGCCUGAAGAAGGCCAGUCAUGGAUUGCUCGACCUUCCAAGGGACCCAGCAUGCUUGGAAGUGUACUUUCUCUCGCAUCUCGUCAUGGCAGCUUGGUGAACCAGAGUGUACCCCUUAUGGAUCCGAUUGUGACACUUUUUGGGAGUGUCCAUGAGAAUAUGCCUCAAGCUGGAGGAAGUAUGAGGAGCACAUUGUUUCCAAACUUUGGAAGUAUGUUCAGUGUCACAGAUCAGCAUGCCAAAAAUGAGCAGUGGGACGAAGAGAAUCUUCACAGGGACGAUGAGGAGUAUGCAUCUGAUGGUGCAGGAGGUGAUUAUGAGGACAAUCUCCACAGUCCAUUGCUGUCCAGGCAGACAACAAGUGCGGAAGGGAAGGACAUUGUGCACCAUGGUCACCGUGGAAGUUCUUUGAGCAUGAGAAGGCAAAGCCUCUUGGGGGAGGCUGGAGAGGGUGUGAGCAGCACUGAUAUUGGUGGGGGAUGGCAGCUUGCAUGGAAAUGGUCAGAGAAGGAAGGUGAGGAUGGUAAGAAGGAAGGUGGUUUCAAAAGAGUCUACUUGCACCAAGAGGGAGUUCCUGGCUCAAGAAUGGGCUCAAUUGUUUCACUUCCUGGUGGUGGCGAUGUUCAUGAGGGUGGCGAGUUUGUACAUGCUGCUGCUUUAGUAAGCCAGUCAGCACUUUUCUCGAAGGAUCUUACCGAACCACGCAUGUCUGGUGCUGCCAUGAUUAACGCAUCCGAGGUAGCCGCCAAAGGUUCAAGCUGGAAAGAUUUGUUUGAACCUGGUGUGAGGCGUGCCCUGUUAGUCGGUGUUGGAAUUCAGAUCCUUCAACAGUUUGCUGGAAUCAAUGGUGUUCUGUACUAUACCCCACAAAUUCUCGAGCAAGCUGGCGUGGCAGUUCUUCUUUCCAAUCUUGGUCUCAGCUCAGCAUCAGCAUCUAUCUUGAUCAGUUCUCUCACUACCUUACUGAUGCUUCCUAGCAUUGGCUUAGCCAUGAGACUUAUGGAUCUUUCUGGAAGAAGGUUUUUGCUGCUAGGCACAAUUCCAAUCUUGAUAGCAUCUUUAGUUAUCCUGGUCGUGUCCAAUGUGAUUGACCUGGGUACAGUGGCCCAUGCUGCGCUCUCCACAGUCAGUGUCAUCAUCUACUUCUGCUGCUUUGUCAUGGGAUUUGGUCCCAUCCCCAACAUUCUAUGUGCAGAGAUCUUUCCAACCAGGGUUCGCGGUCUCUGCAUUGCCAUCUGUGCCUUGACGUUUUGGAUUGGAGACAUCAUUGUCACCUACAGCCUUCCUGUAAUGCUGAAUGCUAUUGGACUAGCAGGUGUUUUUGGCAUAUAUGCAGUCGUAUGCUUGAUUGCCUUUGUGUUUGUCUUCCUUAAGGUUCCUGAGACAAAGGGAAUGCCCCUUGAAGUCAUCACUGAGUUCUUUGCAGUUGGUGCGAAGCAAGCGGCUGCAAAAGCCUAAUUCCUUCCGUACCUUUGCCUGCAACUUUUUGCACUGUGAAUUAUAAACUUGAAGGGAUCUCACCAAGAAGCUCUGGGAACUUUCGAUUUGUAUAAAUGGUGAGGGAACAGAUAUCUGCUCAUGCUCCGCAAGCGACAGCAAGACUCCCUCGAUGGCAAAGAGCAGUUGUUAAGUUGUCAAUGUUAUUUACCAUAUGUUGUUACCUAUUAGUACUGUAUUAGUCAAGCUAUUCAGCACUGGUUGUUAGUAGAGAUGUUUAGAACAAAGAUACUGAUCUGAUCCGGUGGUAUAAUAUUCAAAUCUCAAAUAAAGAAAAUACCGUUUUCA